GGAACUCCUUCCCCUCUUCGCGCAAACCAUCUUUUCUACCUCUUCCCCCCUCUUCUCGUUUUCCCAAACCCCUCCCAAGUUUUCCUUUCCCCAUCCAUCCUCAGCAUCCCGCGCGCGCACGUUGACGAUUCGCCCCGCGCCAUCGAGUAGUCUUCGCUUCCCCAAGCAAGACUCGAUUUCUGGAUUGAUUUGGCACCGGCCAUCUUAAUAAUAACCAUCACCGACGGGUCUUUCCAUGAUUAUAUCACAAAUGAGCAGAUACACGACACAGAGUCAACAAGACACACUUUAAAUCCCACGGGAGAGUGCCUGCGAGCGAGGAGCCAGGCGAUUUCAACUAUCGUUCUGCAAGGGUCAUCAAGACAUCCGAGUGCCGUUGUAAUUGUCGCCGCCGUCGCCGUCGCUGUCGCAGUCAUUGUCGUCAUCCGAUUUGCCACGCCGAUUUCCCCGCGACGUGCAAACGCGACAGUCAAACAAGAUGCCCGGUCCCAGCGUAACGGCAACAUUGCCGUCCUCGGCCGCAUCAACACCGGCUUCGCGAAAGACCUCACUCGCCCCAGAGAGGAAGUACAAGUGCCAGUUCUGCAACCGGGCUUUUAGCAGGAGUGAGCACCGCAGCAGACACGAGCGUUCGCACACGAAAGAGCGGCCAUUCAAGUGCAUGAAGUGUAGGAGUACUUUUGUCCGACGCGAUCUCCUCCUUCGACACGAUCGCACGGUCCACGCCAAAGAUGGAGGUGUACCUCUUCACAGUGAUGGCAAGCGUCGCGGCGGUCCCAAGACGCCGAGGGCUGUCAGCGGUUCUUCCAAGUCGUCCAUUGCCAUCGAUGCAGCGGCAUUGGAGCAGCUCGAAGCCAGUAGCGACGGUAUUUUCGACGUGGAAACCGCUGCGAUGCUUGUUGCUGACCUUCAUCACAAAGCUACCGCAGCUGCACGGGCUAAUAGCGGACACUACGAUGGCGACGCCUCCAUGUCUUUCUCUCAGAACAGCAGUGCGAUCAUGGAGCCUUCGGUGACAUACCCUAACGGAGCGAUCGGCCUUCCGCAGUGGGAUGGCUUCAUGUCGCAGUCGGAAGAUGUCAAAGCUCACUCUAUUAGCUCGAGUGCAUCUGGAACAUUUGAAGCUCAGGGCGCCAACCAACUGCCUCCCAUCAGCGCGCACAACUUCAACGGACUGGCCCCAGCCUUGCAAUCGAUGAUCAACUCGCUGCCAACCUCAACCGUCGGCACCCCGACUCCCCAGUCGCCGUAUCUGUCGCAUCACGCUCCGGCCCAGGCGGAGGCGUCUCAGUCCCCGGCGGGGUUCAAGAUUCCCCAAGUGAACAAUGACGAAGAUAGAAUCAUCGUCUUGGACAAUAUCCGUGGCAGCGACAACCUGCACUCCAUCCCAGAGGGCUUCCAGGUGCCGAACCAGCAGUGCCUAAACCGUUAUCUCAGCACGUACUUCAGUAUGUUCCACCACCACCUGCCGUUCUUGCACCCGGCUUCGUUUGAGCCAACUCAGGUCGCUCCUCCGUUGCUCCUCGCCGUCCUCUCGAUUGGCGCCCUAUAUGCCUUUGACCAGGAGCAGGCGUAUAUACUGCACAUCGGGUCGAAAGUGAUGGUAAACCAGUUUCUUCAGAACAAGGAGAACUUUUCGUCUCGAAAGUGCCCUCUGUGGACCAUGCAGAGCUCGCUACUCAAUAUGAUUUUUGCAAGCUGGAGCGGCGAUCCUAAGGGGCUCGAGUGGGCUUGCUCAAUCAAGAGUCUGCUCGCGAACAUGGUCUCUGGUAAUCGCUACGAGCUGAAGCUGCGGCAGGAAGGCCGUGAGGGUCGAUCGCCUACCCGCGCCGAGUGGGUUGAGGAUGAGGGGUGCAGGCGUACUUACUACGCCGUCUACAUCUUUUUCGGUCUGUUGACGCUUACGUAUAAUCACACGCCGGCUAUCAGCUUCAACGAGUUUGAGGACCUCCAGCUGCCAUCUACAGAGUCCAUGUGGAACUUGAAGGUUAGCAGCGAGGGGGUCUGGCAGGACCAUCUGAAGGCGACGCCCAGCGUGACCUUUAUGGACGCUCACGACAAUCUCUUCCAGGGCGAGACGUUGAUUUACAGCGCCUUUGCUACUCGCGUCAUGAUCAACGCUCUCUUCCUCGAAGUCUGGUACCACAAGCGCAGUCCCGAGGCUCUGCAGGACGUGGUCACCGAGUACAAGCUCAGACUCGCUCUUGAGACGUGGGAGAAAUCUCUCGUACUCUGCGAGCCCGAAGUUGUCACGGUGCCGCUCAGCAUGCCUCACAAGGGGCAUCCUUUGAUCUUCAACGCGAAGGCGAUGUUCCGCAACGCGCGUGCCAGGCUCGAGGUGGAUUUGAAGACGGUUCAGGAGGCCCUCCGCUACCACGACUCUUACGAAGUGGCCGCGGCCAUGUCCAAUGCUCGAGACCGGGUCAAGCGCUCGACCGAGAUGAUCAAGGUCAUCCAGGAGUGCUACGACUGCAUCGAAACGGCGGUUUCCCAAGGCGUCCGCUGGGUGGCGCGCACCUCGCCCACGAAUUGGAGCAUCGAGCACCCUCUGUGCGGCUUGGAUCUCAUGAUCAUCCUCAGCCUGUGGCUUUAUCGUCUGGAACAUGACGAGGAAGCUGCCACGGAUGAGGAGAUGGUCAUGUACAACAAGGUCCGCCAGCUCUUUCAAAAGGAUCUGGACCGCCCGUACAUUGAGCAGCUGAGCUCCGUGGUUGCCCGCCUCUGGGGUUCGAUGCUGAACGAAGUGGUUGUCUGGGGAAUCACUCGCCUGAUGGGUGAAUCCUUCCGGCUCCAUUCGCAAGCCCUCGUCGGCUAUCAGGAUGACAUUGCUGCAUCCUCUAGCGUCUCCACCCCCUCGAUGACUUCUCAGGGGGCCGAUGAGGAGAGCGUGUAUUAGUGAUGACGACCUCGACGAUCUCAUUUGUUGUUUCUGGGGUUUGGGGUUUCUUUUCCUAGGCAUAUACCUCUCUAGCGGGUUCUUUUCUUUUUUCUUCUCUUUUUCCUUGCCGUCUUUCCUGUUUCUUCUUUCUCUCUUUCUUUUGAGUAUGUCUUGUUCUUGGACGGGUUU